GCCUAACCUCCCGGCGCCAUUGUCAGCUGGUCACCACCGCGCUGCCCCGGCUGGCCCCAGCCUCCCACAUCACGCCGGGCACCAGCAAAGAGUUUCAAUGAAAUGGAAAAGGCCGUUGACUUUUCCGCCAUCAAACAUAAAUAAUUGAAGUGAAGCCAAACAUCACGUAUUAUCAUCAAAUGAUGGCAGAGUUUAUGUUCCCCCGAUCAGCGGCUCUCUUUUGAAAGGAUUUAGCCAAGUGUGGAGUGACUUACCUCAGCAUUUUGGCAUGUUUUGUGAGCGUAAUCAAUGUACUAACAUUUUCCUAACACGUGGGUACGAAAUCUCGAAAAGGGUCGGUAAUUUUCAAGGAAAAUAAGAGGAAAUGAUCAAGGUCAAUCGUCUGCAAGUCGCCAUUCGAAAACAAACACGACGCCUUGUAUGGAAAAGGAUAACAUGUUUUCUAUUUUCUCUGUGAAAACGGUCAAAACUUAUUUCUUGAUUAUUGUAAGAUAUUGCUAAAAGGUGACUUUAUGGUUCUUUUAGGUUCUUAGUUAAAAUUUAAGUUAGAUCAACCUACGGUCUCGUUAACAGUAUGUCUUUGUUUAAAAAUGGAUUGCGUUCUAUUUUUUCUCCACUUUUACUCAGGACACCCAAUCCUGCAGUACAGACUCAACAAGUGCGUACUAAAUUCGUAAACAGGCACCAAAAGAAUGAUCAGAAGAGGCGAGUAGUGGUGAAAAAUUUUGGCAAAGAGCGCUUGCUACUCAAUACUGUCUAUCGCUGUACAGUUCUUCCACCAGAAGUUCGGAAUGUUGCCCAUGAAGAGGUGUGUGCUCUUCCCAGAGAUUCUAACUACAUUCGUACUGUGAAGAGGUGCUAUGUAACUUCACGACCUAAAGGAAUGGUUCAUGAAUUUCGAGUUAGCAGGAUCAUAUUUAGAAUGUUAGCAGACUACAACAAGUUGUCUGGCAUGAUGAGAGCAAAAUGGGGUUGCAAUUAAAAUUGAUAUUCUUUAUGUAGUAAAUAAAUUUCAUUUUCAUAA